GCCAGAUAAGACACACAGACAUUACAAUACACAUACACUCAGGUCUUCUAUAUUCACACACACACACACACACACACACAUAGUACCCAUAGGUUCAGGUCCUUAUUGAUUUCCGUUGAAUUCCCAGGUUCACUGAAAGCGGCCUGCUGGCUUUAAGGUUUCUACUGAGGUGUGCGGGUGUUAACUUCACAAGAUGCCGAUACAAGAGUCUUUUUACUUUUUAGAAAUCUUCAUCCCGAUGAUCACAUUUGGCAUCACCAUCAUCUGCUGCACAGCCUUUUGUAAGGCCUUCCACCGGGCCCGCCAGGAGCAACUGGACCGGGAGGAGAGACGAGACAGGCCCUCCAUCUACGUCAUUCCCUUCCCCGCAGUAUCUUAUGACAGCGAAGACCUCCACAGGCCUCCUCGCUACAGCACCUCAGAGUUCUCCAGCCCACCUCCGGCCUACAAUGAGGUAUUAGUCCAUCCUAAACACGAGGUGGAGAUGAAGCCAGACUUUAUCCACCCAGAGCUUCCUCCAGCCUACUCGGAGGUCUCCAACGCGCCUGUUUCCCCCCUGCAACCUUACUCGGCGUCUCCUGAACCCCACUCCCAACCAUAGGACCGUACCAGCUUAGGAAGCCUGCGAGGGGGAGGCCUGAAGCCACAUACUAAGGGAUAAAUGACACAGAAUAUGGCACAUACUGUAUGUGGAGUGGGGAUUCUGAAGCUGGAUAUGUACAUGUAUACCACAGAGACUUGGUCCUUGGGAUUGUUCAAUGGGGACGUGAGGUGUAAAGUUUGGAGACCAUAAGGAAAAGCAAGUGUUUGGACAUCUAUGAAAGUGUGUAACUGUAAAGCAGAAGUUGGGGACAAGAGAUUGAAUGGGGUUGCGUAGUAGCUAUAGCUACCAAUCUGUACAUACCAGUGUGUAAAUAUUAAUACAUCUUUCAAAUGGUAUUUUUCAAGGUGUUACUUUUUCAAGGUGCCAUGGAACUUGCUGUGUAAUAUGGUAAAUAAAGUCUGUUUUCGUUA